AUGGAGAUUAAUGCCAAAGUGGACACCAUGUACAAUGAUUUGAAUGGCAAGUAUGAGGCAGUAUGGACUCAUGUGAAGAAGCUGGAUGUUCAGGUAGCUCAGACUGCUGAAUCUGUGAAGAGAUCACCUGGAAAUCUCCCUGGAAAAGGUGAAAACCCCAUAAAUGAGUUUGUGAAUGCUAUUGAGCUGAGAAGUGGGAAGACACUGCAUGCUGCACCAACAAUCGUUGUCUCAGAAAGGAGGAAGGAAAAGGUCAUGGAGCAACUGCUCCAAGAAGGAGCACCAACUCAUGGCGUAAAAAAGACGAUAGAGCAUACUUCCUCGACUAGAGCACCUGCUCCUUACGUAGAAGAGACGAUGGAGCACCCUGGACCCUCAACAGAUCACCUGCUCCGGCCAACUGCUCCAGCAAAUCUUCCUGUACGAGUUUAUACGCCUAAGAUGAUACAAGCCCUUAAGCGAUAUAUGAAGGGGUUAGUUUCUGAAAAAGUUGUUGAGGAAGAGAGUGUCAUGAUGGUCUCGAAGGAGUGCAGUGCUGUGUUGCAGAACAAGAUGCUGAAGAAGAGAAGUGAUCCAGGAAUAUUUGUUCUCUCAGUUAGGAUUGGUAAUGUGCUGUUUGCAAGGUCUCUCUGCGAUCUUGGUUCAAGUGUGAAUCUGAUGCCUUACUCUGUGGCUAAGCGAUUGGAUUACACCAGAUUCAAACCGAAAAAAAAUUCGCUGGUAUAUGCAGACAGAUCAACCAAAUUUCCGGUUGGUAUACUUGAGGAUUUGCAUGUUCAGAUAGGCGAUACACUCAUUCCAGCAGAUUUUGUGGUUCUAGAGCUUGAUGAGGAACCCAAGGAACCUCUGAUUUUGGGUCGAUCCUUCUUGUGCACAGCUGGUGCAAUCAUUGACGUUAAAGGAGGGAAACCAAUGCUGGAUGGGCAGACAUUUGUUAUUGAUGAUUGUUCAGACAUUGCUGAAGAGGUUGCUGAAGAGGUUUUAGCCAUUGAUCCUUUGGAAGUUGCCUCACAAAAUCCAAAGAAAAACAUGGGUAUCUGA